AAAGGAAACCUAUGAGAGUAAGAGCAGACUUGAUUGACGGAGACCAUUCCGUCGCCCUCGACCGUGACGGAAGCCUUUCCGUUUCUAGCAAUUUCUGAUAAAAGCCGUCAGACACCGUUUAUUGCACCUUCUUUACUUUACUCACUUUCCACGCCUCUCCCUCUCCCCGUCUCUCUCAGCCGACAUAUUACAGUAGAGAGAGAAACUCAUCUCAUAUAGAGAAUCAAAAGUCAGAAUUAUUUAAUGCUUUUUGGCUUUUUUUCACUUGAUUUUCUGAUAGUGAUGUUUCACCUCCGUUGAAAUUACUCUUUCUCGUAUGAUGCUUCACCUUCAUUAUUAAUUAAUGGAUUAUUUUUCAGAUUCUUCCUUUUGUUUAAAUUAAAAUUUUACUGAAAAAUUACUAGUGAAAUUGGAUCAAUUCGAAUUGAAUUUGUGCUUAAAUGUUGCUUAGAUCAGUUUUAGUUUGCUGAUUUUUCCAUCACAUUUUAUUUUAUUGAUUCAUUGCAGAAAAUUCGGAUGAUUUAAUCAUGCCAGAGGAAAUCCGAGAAGAAAGAAAGUCGGAGAUUGAAGUUUCUGAGGAUGAGCCAGUAAGAAGAACGAGGGUCAGGAGUUUGAGGAAGAAAGCCGUCAAUGCGUCAACGAAAUUGGCUCAUGGACUGAGGAAAAGAGGCAGGCGAAUUGCUGAUUGUAAAUUCGCGGCAAUUGCUAUUGAUGACUUUAGGGACGAGAAAGAUGAAGAAGCUGUUGAUGCUUUUCGUCAGAUUUUGGUUGAAAAGGCUUUGCUUCCGAAUCAUCUCGAUGAUUAUCAUACCAUGCUUAGAUUUUUGAAAGCAAGGAAGUUUGAUCUUGAUAAAACUGUGCAUAUGUGGGAAGAAAUGAUCAAAUGGAGGAAAGAAAAUGGAGUGGAUACUAUUAUACAGGAUUUCUUCUACGAGGAAUUUGUAGAAGUACAGCGAUACUAUCCCCAUGGUUAUCAUGGUGUAGAUAGGGAGGGGCGACCAGUUUAUAUUGAACGAUUGGGCAAGAUUGAACCUAGCAGGCUUAUGAAUGUGACUACAGUGGAGCGCUUUUUAAAGUAUCAUAUACAAGGAUUUGAAAAGACUUUUGCUGAGAAAUUUCCAGCUUGUUCAAUUGCUGCUAAGAGACAUAUAGAUACUACAACUACAAUAUUGGAUGUUCAUGGGGUGAAUUGGAUGAGCUUUGGUAAAAUUGCUCUUGAUCUUGUAAAGCACAUACAAAAAAUUGAUAGCGACAAUUAUCCUGAGACCUUGCACCAAAUGUUCAUUAUAAAUGCUGGUGCUGGAUUUAAGAUGGUUUGGUCUACUGUGAGAAGAAUUCUUGAUCAAAGGACUACCUCAAAGAUACAUGUGUUGGGCAACAAAUUCCACAGCAAGUUGAUGGAACGUGUAGAUUCCAGCCAAUUGCCUACUUUUGUAGGUGGGACUUGCUCUUGCCCUGGUGGCUGCCUUAGAUACCAGAGGGGACCUUGGAAUGAUCCAGAAAUAAUGAAAAUGGUGCUUGCACAAGAAAUGAUGUAUCUGAAGACUACCACAAGUUCUUCUGACUGUGAAGAUUUAAAAACUAAGUUACUUGGUCAUAAGGUAAGCAUUGGUGAAUGGUCCACUGGCAACCCAGAGGAAGUGGUGUGCACUGAUGCUAUAGUUGAAGAGGUUACUUCUACAAAUCAUUCUUCUGGCAGGAGUGUGGAUGCGAGGCCCUGGAAAGCCAUUCCUCAUCCAAGGCAUUCAACAGCAUGUUUUAUAUUCAACUUUUUUGCAUGUCUGCAUGUUAUAUUUCGGUCCUUUGGAAAUCUAUGGGCGCUGAGUCGAGAAGAGAAACACCCAAUUCUGCAGCGUGAGCCUGGUGACUAUACGGUGAAUCCUCCUGAAUCUGAGCCAGGUUUGAAGGAUCGAGCCACUGCUCAGAAGAUAAAUGAAUCUGUGCUUAAUCCUUCUUGGCAAAGGCUUCAGCAUUUAGAGCAGUUGGUAACAGAUCUCUUUAAUAAACCUUCAAGAAUCCCUCCAGACAAGGAGCAGACAAUCCUUGAGUCUUUGACAAGAAUUAAGGCCAUAGAGCAUGACUUGCAGAAGACAAAGAAGAUCCUGUUUGCAACAACAUCAAAGCAAGUAGAGCUUGCCGAGUCACUGGAAAGUCUUAAGGAUAGCAGCAUGCAUGGACGGUCAACAACCUGUUGGAGAAGCUAAUGAUAGGAUGAAGUCGAAAUAAUAUUCAUGCAAUUUUUAAUAUAACUGUGCACAGUGGUACUGAAGGAUCUUUUUAUAUUACGGUUCUCCUUACAGGUCUUCUUUUAUUGCUUUAACUGCUCAGAGCGAACUCAAGUACAGCAGAUUGUGUGAAUAGCACUAGUUUUUGCUGAUGUGAAUAGAUCGGCCAUUAAACUGUCGAAACAGAUUAUAGGUUCGUUUUUGAGAGAAUGAUUGAUAAAGAAGGUAUCAUUUUUAACAAAGAACUUAAGAAUAAUAACAGAAAGAUGUAACAGAUAUGCCCUAUUAUUGUAAUAGAAAUUGAUAUAAAUAAGAUCAUGGAAGGGAAUUGAGGGUAAUUUACUCUUCCCUUACCCAAUCUGUAAUUACUCUAUGCUAUUACUUUUACACAUGGUAAUAAUUCAUGGUAAUAGAUUAGAAUUUCCAUAUUUUGUGCUUGUAUGUCGUACUCAAUUUCAUAUUUUUUUAAUCUUUUUAUUUUUAAUUCGGUUAACCCUUAAUAUUACAUUUAUGAUUGAAUUUGUCUGGAUUUUAUGCUUUGAGAAUUUAUAGAUAUUUUUAGCUACAAGGUAUAUGCCACAACUUAAGUCUUAAAGGCCAAUUAGCCUCAAUGAAGGAGCCAACAAAAAUGCAUAAUGCAAAGCUAAUGGUCUGAAAAUUUGAAAUAGAUAAGAUUAAUUAUAAAAAAAAAAAGCAUCAAACAAGAGCAAAAUUAAUUUACUUUUAAAUGUAAGUGCCUAAUUCCUAAAUCUGGAUAUGGAUUUGCUCGCACUUACUAACUGCGAACAAAGGGUUUGAUUCAAAAAAAAGCCAAAGGAGCUGUUUG